AUGCUCAACUCGAAGAUAACAUCGACCACGUCACCUAAGAGGCCCUUCUCUGCAAUCAGCACAAGCCACCCUCGCCGCUCCAAUCCGUCGCAAUCCAAGUCGCUCCCGAAGCACAAGAAAGUAAAGAUUGAGCAGAAUUCAGAUGGCUCUGGGGCGCGCACACUGUCGAGGGAGGGGCAGACCUCGCCAAAUCUCCCGCUGGGCGAAAGCCGGGAUUCCAGUAGUGAUCAGAGCGCCGCGAAGUGGUUUGCAAGCAAGAACGAGAAUGUGGCGGACUCCCAGGACAAGAUAGACACCAACGAAAGUACAACCGAGUCGCCUUUCUAUCUCGCCCGUCAGAGUAGUUCCCACCCACCUAACAAUCUCCGCUCGCACAAUGGGGAGAGCUUUGGCCCAAAGGCGAGAGAUGACACCGAGAAUGAUGAAUUGCGAGGGGUCAUUGACGAUCUGACUGUGGAAAAUAAGAAGCUGAAGACCGUUCUCAGAAGCUGGCACAGCCGGACCAGCCCACCGAGCAGCAACCCGGACCGCGUCUUUGAGGUUCGAAUGCAUGGGUUGCCCGCCGAGAAGAAGAGAGAACUGGAAGACAUAUUGAUGAAAUUCGCAACCCGUUUGGGGGACUCGCCAUCACACCAGAGCUCCUCUGUCCCGGUGGAAAAGUCGACUUCGAGUGCCGGCUAUGCAACGGAAGCACCCCAGAAAGCCCACCAAGACCCGACCCCGGCUGACUCUGGCUACGCGUCUGUGUCGAUGUCAGGUGGCAACUCGAUUUCACAAGUCGGUGGUCUCAAGUUCGGGGACCGUACGCCAGUGUCGAAGAGCAAGAAGGACACAGACAUCCAGAACUAUUUGUAUGACAUCCCGGACUCGCUGCUCCCUCGGGAGACAGUUUCCGUCAGUGAGAACGCGAAGAUGCAGAUGGUGGUACAACGACUGGAGCAUUUGUUCACCGGCAAGAGAGCAGCACCGGGGGAACACAGUCUGCCUCUUCAGCAGCAGCAGAUAUCUCGCUCCGCGGCCAAGGCUGAUCGACGAGAAGACCGGAGACUCAACCGGGCUUCGAAAACAGAAGGUCUGCGUGAAGCUCACAUCCUGCCUCCGGACACCAAAAUCAACCUGGACGCUGUUGAGGCUGGUGGUCAGCGAUCGACAGACCCUACUGCAAUCGAAACACCUGAACGCCCGGCGUCUCCAGAUCAACGUCCGGCGUCUCCCGAUCAGCGUCCCACCCGACCAUUGGAUCUCGACAUACAACGUGCCCAAGUUGCUUCAGACAACAUUGACUACCUUCGCCAUCUGGGACUGUCGUCGCCGCAUUUCGAAGACGAUACUGAAGCCAAGGAUCAACCCUGGAUGUAUCUCAACCUGCUAGUCAGCAUGGCUCAAUUGCAUACAUUUAAUGUGACUCCAGCAUUUGUACGCAAAGCGGUGAAACAGUUGAGUACGAAAUUCGAGUUGUCGAAAGAUGGACAUAAGAUCCGUUGGAGGGGCGGUGCCGCCGGAGCCGCAUCUUCGAGUCAAGAGAGUCCAGAGUCGGUACCACACCGCGCGUCGGAUGAUACCGGCGACGAUGGAGGACGCCGAAGCGGGAGAAGCACUGCAAGCACAACAAAUAAUCUAUCCGUGUCGGUCUCGGACCAUAGGGUUCCCCAAACCAAGUCGAGCACCGCCUCCAAGAUGCUUAACUCGACGACGAACUCCUCGAAUCCCGCAAACGUUCAAACAUCGACGACGAUGUCCAAAUCGACGCCGACUUCGGCUUUCAACUAUAAGCCCGUUGUCUUCCAGCAGCGGAGACCGCUUCUGAAAGCCAGGGAGUCAUACCUCGAUUCUUCCAGCUCGUAUGACGGUCUUUCGCCGGACUCGAGUGGCAUAGCCCAUGCCCUAGGCCGGUCAAGCCUUAAAGCCAACGAGGAUGCGUACGAGGGCUACAUAACUUUCUUCUCAAACCCUUAUUUCUUCACGGAUUUGAGUGGUGACAAGUCCCCCAUUGCUGAGAAGGGGAGCACUCACAAAAUGUUUUCAGAUGCUUUGGGAAUUGUCAGGAAAGAAGGCCCAGUUGUCGACGACGCUCUACGAGAUGCAAGGGCUUGCUACUUUCUGAGUCCACGUCCUUCAAAGCGUACUAGUUGGCCUUCGAAUAUUCCUGAUGUCGAGAUGCCAGUGACACCCAUCACGAGCGCAGGUGAGUACGAGACCCAGCCGAUGGAGCUUGAGGCUUCUGGUGUCGGAGGAGUCCGCCCCGAAGAUAAUUUUGCCAUCGACGUUCGCAUCGCCAGGAUCAGAAACCUAGACGGCAGUGGAGGCGGGAAGGGGAAAAAGGGUGACCGACCUGCUGCACGGUACGAGUACCGUGUGGCAGAAUGCAGUACGCUCACCCUUCAACCCUCUCGUCUACCCCCACCCAGCUAUGUCUUCUUCAUGACAAGUUCCUCGUCCGAGGCGGAAAAGGGUAACCUCUACGACGAUGAUGACAGUGAAGAGCUAUCGGAAGAGGAGAGUUCGCCGGCACCGGCUGGAUUUCUCUGGCAGUGGUCGUCCAGCUCCAACGAUCGGCCAGGCGGCGACGACGAUGCUUCUGAGGCGAGCUCGUCACUUGGUGUGCUCGAGGCAGCCCGGGCGAGGGUUUUGCCCGGGACUGCCAAUGAGACUCGAGGCGCCACGAGUGGUAGUCUCGCUGCUACUGCGGGUGCGAGUUGGAGUGCUGCUUCGAAUGCGGCCGAUGCCGAUCUUGAUAUAGCUCAAGACUUGGAUGACACAUCGGUGGACUCGAUGCUCGUUGAUUAA